AUGUCGUCGGGUAAUUCUAGUCAGUCGCCUUUCGAUGUACCAUUUGAUGAGCUGCCGAACCCCAAGCAAGUAUGGGUUGGCAAGCCAGGAAGCCGCGAAGAAGGAUUAGGGAAGCUUGCGAUCUUGACCCCCGAGGUGGUGGCCAAUGCUGCUGCCACUGAAAUCAAGACCGGGCGACGGGUGACGAUGGGCUGGGAACUGACCAAGUUGGAUUAUCCUAAUCUGAACCGUCAACCAUGCCACCAUCAGAUCAUUCCGCUUUUGGGCGGUGUGGCUUUCGACGAUGUCUAUACCAUGAAUCCUCAACAAAGUAGCCAGUGGGAUGGUCUGCGGCAUUUUUCGCAGACGGUUGAGGGCCAAACCGAGCGUGUGUUCUAUGGUGGCGCAACCGUCGAGGAAAUCAAUGAUCGAACGAACAAUCGGAUCGGCUUGCAGCAUUGGGCCAAAGAAGGGAUUGCUGGUCGCGGGGUAUUGAUCGAUUAUGCCACAUGGGCAGAAAAGAGGGGAAUCAGAUACAGCACUUUUUCGACACAUCAAAUCCGGCUUUCAGAUAUCAAGGAAAUUGCCAAGGAAUGUGGCAUUACUUUUCAAAAGGGCGACAUACUUUUUGUUCGCAUUGGAGUGACGAAGGAAUGGGAUACCGCCAUGACAGAUGACCAGAAGCGGCAAUACUCGGACAAUCCGAGCCCGGAGCAUGCAGGUGUCGAGGCAACUACAGAUGUGCUGCGAUGGCUUUGGGAUACCGGGUUCGCCGCGAUUGCCAGCGAUGCAAUUAGUUGGGAGGUAUAUCAUCCACUGCAAUCUUAUGCAAUGCAUCACUACUCAAGUACAUUUUGA